AUGGUGCAGUGCCCGCGGUGCCGCGCCGUGCUGCAGGAGCCGCCGCCCAGCAACCCGUUCUACAAAUGCGGCAGCUGCAUGACCGUCCUGCAGGCGCGCCACGCGGUGUACGGGGGAGUGCCGCGCCACCCUGUCGGCAUUGACGUCGGAGGUCGCUCGUCCGCCUCCUUCUCCCCCCUCCCGCCCCCACACUCGCGCGGGCCCCCCGUUCCGCGCAACCACAGCGCAGACCGCCCCCCGCCGUCUCUCUUCGCGUCUCCGCACGCCACCCCUCCGCGCCCCCCGCAGAUCUCCAAGUCGCUCUCGCAAGGCGCCUCCUCCUCCGCUCUUCAAAAUACUCCCGCCUCCUCCUCUCCCCGCGCGCCCGCGACCUCCUCUUCCCCGCGCACCUCCCUUUCCGCCGACCCCUCGUCCCUUUCCUUCCGCCCGCGCGCCCUCUCCGCCUCCUUUGCUGGGCGCGGCGGGGCGGGCGCGCGGGCAACGCUGUUUGGGCACGAGAUGGCGGAGUGGGGGGACGAGGGCGCGGAGGAGGAAGAGCCCGCGGAGGCAGGCGCAGGGGCAUGGGCGGGGGAGGGAAAGGGCGGAGGGGCGGAGCCAGGGGAGGGCGGAUUCGGUGGCCAGGCGGACUCGCCUUACCGCAGGGGCGGGGGGGAGGAGCUCAGUGGCGGAGGGGGGCAGGCAUGGGCGCAGGCUGGCGGGCGGGGGGAGGAGGGCAGUGGGGAGUGGGGGCAGGGCGAGGGGGACGAGGAGGGUGCGCCAGUGGCAACAGGCAGCAGCCCCCCCAACCCCUCCGCCGCGUUUGGCCGCCAGUCCACCCUCCCCCCCCGCCUGCCCCGCCACGCUAGCCCCCUCCAGACGCCCUCCCCGCGCUCUUCCGCCCGAGCAGGCGCGGCGAGGAGGAGGGCGCUGGGGUCUGGCAUGUGGGCGGGGGCAGGGGGGAGCGGGAGGUGGGCGCAGGGGGAGGGGAGCGGCGAGAGGGAAGGGGAGGAAAGGGGAGAGGAGGGAGAGGAGGUGGAAGAAGGGGAGGCGGUGGUGUGGCCGAAGGGGUGGGCGGAGAUAGAUGCAGCAUGGUCGGAGGGGGAUAUGGGUGGGAGCAUGGGCGGAAGCAUGGGCGGAAGUAUGGGGGGGGACAUGGACGGGGGAGUGGCAUGCACCCAGAGCAUGGAUGGCGGGCUUGGCAGCAGCAGGGGUGGGCGGCAGGGCAGCAGGGGGAGCGUGGAUGGGGAGGGGGGGAGGGGAGGCAGUGGGAGGAGACUGAGUAUGAGUGCGAGCAUGAACGCGAGCAUGGGCAUGGGGUUAGGGUUGGGCGGGUUCAGCAGCAGCAGUGGCAGCGGGGGGGGCGUGUCCCCACCAGCAGCAUCAGGCGCAUCGGCAUCAGCAUCAUCAGGCGCAUUGGCCCCGUCCAUGUCGCUGCGCCGCCUCUUCUCCCGCCACGCCUCGCCUGCUGCCCAGCGGGAGGAGGGCAGCGCUGCACAGCUGGCCAGUGCGGGGUCGGGCAUGGGGGCGGGGCGAGGAGGGGGCGCGGGGGAGGGCGAGGGCGAGAGCAGCGAGGGCGAGGAGGGCAGUGCGGGCACCUUCACCCGCCAGUACACCGCCCCGCCCCGCUGCUCCGCUGCCCCCCACAGUGACGGUCGCAGUGCGGAGCUUGAACCCCAGGGGCUGAGAGGGGCGGGGGGGAGUGACUGGGACCCGCCUGCUGACCUGGACCGGCAGGGCAGCUUGCCUGCCACGUCAGCAGGCGAGGGCGAGGAGAAGGCAAGGGAGGGGAGGGAGGGGAGGGAAGGGGGGAGGGGUAGGGAGCGGCGCAACAUGAACAUCAACAUCAACAUCGGGUCGAAGCUCAAGUCGCUGUGGGAGGCGAAGCCGGGUGCCUCCCCGCGCAGCAGCAUGAGCAACAGCGGCGGCAGCGGGCCUCCCAUGCAGCGCAGCAACACAGACUCGCGGCGCUCCCCCACGGGCAGGAUGGGGCGAGGGGGCAUGCAGGCGGGCGACGAGGGCGCCGUGGAGGGCAAUGAGGCAGCGGGGUUGUUCCGGUCCCACACGAGUGGACGCAUGGGCAGUGGCACGGGCAGUCCAGAGGGUGGCACAUGCGAUGAUGAGAGCGCUGCCGGCAGCGGCAGGCCAGCAGUGCGGCAUGCGUCCAUGGCUUUCCACUUCUCGCCCGCCGUGCUGCCCCCCUCCACGUGCUCGCCCCGCUCCUCCUCCUUCCACCGCUCGCUCUCCGUGCCUCGCCGCCUGGCUGGAGCUGCAGCCGGCGCAGGAGGGGAAAGCGGGGCAGGAUGUAAUGGCACCGAGGGGGACGAGAGCGAAGAGGGGGUGUUGCAGGGAGAGGACGUGCAGGCAGAUACCGCUGCUGGUGCUCCACUCUCCCCGUCACCACUGUCCCCCUCGCCACUCUCCCGUUCGCCGCUCUCCCCUGCAGUGUCCUCCAGUCGCCACAUAGCUCGUAGCUUUCAGAGUGCGAGGGAAGUGAGAGGUGGGGCCGGCAUGGUGGGCGCUCAUGGCACGGGCAGCGCUCCAGGCUCGCCCAUGCGGGGUGCAACGGCCACGCACGGAGUAGCUCGCAUGGCAUCGAUGGCGCGCCAUGCAGCGACUGUUGGGGAUGCAGGGGCGGAGGAGGCGAGAGGCAGUGGCAGGGCGGAGGGCGGAGCAGCAGAGGGGCGUGAGGAGUCGGAGAGAGGGGAGGGCAUUGAAGCAGAAGCAGGUGAUGGCAGCCGAUCAGGCAGAGAGAGUGCAGCGAACGGCGAGAGCAGAGGAGGGGAGGGAGGAGCGGUGGAGGCGGCGGAGGCGGAGGAAGGGUCAGCGAAGGUGAAGGUGACGCGGCGGCAGUACAUGGAGAUGAAACGCGCUGCCCACGCUGCUGCUGCUGCUGCUGCUGCUGCUGCUGCUGCUGCCGCCCAGGCCGCUUCCCAAGCUGCUGCUGCCGCUGUUGCAGGUGGCAGCGGCGGGGCUUCCCCACUAGCAGCCAUGCCCGCCGUGCCCGCCACCCCGCGGUCGCGCUUUGCUGACGCCCUGCAGAGCCCGCGCCUGCUGCCUGAGUGGCACGGCGGACGCGGCAUGGGCGCGGGCAGAGGGGCCGGCAGUGUGCUGGAGCGACGCAAGUCGGGCCUGAGAGGCAAGGCGGCAAGACAUGCAGCCACUGCUGCUGCUGGUCCUGCUGCUGCUGGAAGGGCUUCUAGUGAAGGCGGUGCUGUGGGUUGCAGCGUGCAGGGUGGUGGGGAGGGCAGCGGAGGUGCAGAUGUGGAGGGUAGUGGUGAUGCGAGGCAGGCAGGGAUGGUGGGUGAUGCAGGGGCACCAGGCGAGGUGGGGGGAGGUGAGGAGGGUGAAGGCGAGGUGGUGAAGGAGGCGAGGGAGGAUAGUGGAGAAGCCAGUGCGCAGUUGCCAUGCCUGCCGCCGCCUGACGCCCCUCAAGUCGUGCACUGUCCGCACUGCGCUCAAGCGCUCGCCGUGCCGCCCAUGCCGCGGCGCCGCAAGCAGGGAGGAGCGCAGAAGCUGCGGUGCGGCGGCUGCCAGCAGAUCUCCACCUUCGCCGCCCCGCCCCUCCCCGCGCACUCCCAACCCUACCAGCCGCCCUUCGCCCCCGCGCACCCCCCCUCCUCACCGUCAGCGUCCCUCAGCCCAUCCCCCAGGCACCCCCUUGCCUCCCCCUACCGCUCCCUCUCCUCCCCCCUCGCGCGCCUCCCCCCCGCCAUCCCCUCCAGUCCCCGUGGUUCCCCCAGUUCCCCCGGCGCCACGCCCAGGGCGGCCCCCCAGUCCCCCCAGGGUGUUCCAAGAAGCACGAGUCAGGAGAGUGGGUCGAGGGGGGCGGGGGGGGGCUGGCAUGGGCGCGGGCAGGGCGUGGGGAGCAGGCGGGGCGACGUGACACGAGACCUGUCGCCCCUCAGCGUGCCCUCGCCCCGCCUCGCCCGCGCUCGAGGAAACCCCACCCCGUCGCCCCUGAAGGGGCACAGCGGGGCGCGGGGAGCAGGCAGGGCGCUCAAUGGCGUGGUGGGGGGAGUGGGAGGAGCAGAGGGGCGGCUGCGGGGCGGUGUGAGCAGCGGUGGGCAGGAGGGAGACGAAGAGGAUGGGGAUGGGGCUGAGGAUGUGGGGGGGCGUGUGAGUGGCCGGGGGGACGAGGGCGAGUGGGGCGGGGCAGGGUGUGGGACGGAAGAGUGGGAGGGGCAGAUGGGCAGAGAGGGGCAGGAGACAGAGGGGGAGGGGGAGGGGUGGGUGGGGGAAAGCAUGGGGAGCGAGUGGAGUGGGGGGGCGAGCACGGAGUGGAGUGGGGGAGGGGGCAGCGUGCAGUGGAGUGGUGACAGCGCCAGCGAGUGGACGGGGGAGCGCGGCGGGGCGAGGGAGGGCGAGACGUAUGAGCGGCGAGUGGUGGUGAACGGGGCUGCCAUCAGCGAUGCGGACGUGCAGCAGGCCGAGCUGCUGGCCGGACCCAUCGACCCCGGCCACUACUGCCGUGCUUGCUCGCUCAGCUUGCCCCACUGUCCCGCGCUGCGCCCCUACACCCCUCCGCAGCCCCUCUUCACACCUCUGCACCUCCCUGCUCUCCUGCAUCAUUCAUACACUACACAAGGUGGUUCUAUUCACUCACACCUUCACACACUCGUCCUUCCUGUGCCCACCGCACGUGCCACCUCCCCUUCCAACCCUUCAACUCGGAUCUUUCCUUCCCUCCCCCCUUCUUCACCACCCUGGUCUCCCCCUUCCCUUUCCCACCCCUUUCCCCCAUUCACCCGUCCAAUCCCAUCUCCCCCCACACCCGCACCCUCCGCCCCCCAGGCGAACAUACCGCAGCUGAGGGAGCCGAUGAGGCGGGACUGUGCGGGGGGGCGCACGCGCGUGCUGGUGAACGGGCGCGAGCUGUGCCAGCGGGACCUGGCGCCGCUCACACGGCGGGGCAUGCCGGGGGCAGCGCAGCGGCAGUACACUCUGGACGCGUCGGGGCACCUGCGCGAUGCCGCCUCCUCCGCCCUCGUCUCCCACCUCGGCCACCUCGCCCCCUCGUACGCACUCCCUAUGCCCCUGCCUGCUGCCUAG